AUGGCUUCAUUAAACAUCGAUUCCCCAAGGAUUCAGAAUAUAAUUGAUGGGAAAUGUUUGGAUCCCGUUCAAGCUGCGUCGAUAAAAUAUAUUCCCGUUACAUCUCCUCAUACUGGUAAAGUUAUUGCACAAUGCCCGGUCUCUUCUCCAGAAGACGUGAAUCUAGCCGUCGAAGCUGCAAAGAAGGCGUUUGUAGCCUGGAGUGCACGCACGGUUAAAGAUCGAGUUCAAUGCUUGAUUCGCUUCCAUAAUUUAUUACACGCGCACAUCGACGAGCUGGCUGAACUGAUUAUAUUGGAACAUGGAAAGAACAAGGCAGAAGCUAUUGCUAGCAUUGCUAAAGGCGCUGAGACUGUGGAGUAUGCAAUAUCUCUUCCUCAAUUGAUUCAAGGAAGAUUUUUGGAAGUUUCUAGAGGUGUUACGUGUCAAGAUACACGCGUUCCAUUGGGUGUCGUAGCAUCCAUCGUACCAUUUAAUUUUCCAAUAAUGGUUCCUAUGUGGACUUUACCUAUCGCGAUUGCCACGGGGAACACUUUAAUCUUGAAGCCUUCGGAAAAAGUUCCGCUCACCAUGAAUCGCGUUGCCAUUUUAUUGAAGGAAGCGGGCAUACCUGAUGGUGUUGUCAAUAUUAUUAAUGGAACCGCGGAUGCUGUCAAUGCUAUCGUUGAUCAUCCAGAUGUUAAGGCAGUAACAUUUGUGGGUACUUCUCACGUAGCAAAUCUCGUUUCUGAGAGAUGCCAUAGAUUAGGAAAAAGAGUCUUGGCACUGGGUGGAGCAAAGAAUCAUUUGAUUGCCGCUCCAGAUUGUAAUAUUGAAACAACAUCAACUGAUGUUGUAAACUCUUUCACAGGCUGUGCAGCUUCUGUAUUAUUAAUCAUCGGUUCGCACGAAGAACUUCUUGAUCGCAUCGUUGCUAAAGCUUCAUCUUUGCAACCUGGAUCACAAUCAGGAGAAAUUGGUCCAGUGAUUGAUCAACAAUCAUUAGACAAAAUAAUUAGUUACAUAGAGGCAUCCAUAAAAGUUGGCGCAAAAAUAUUAGUGGAUGGUCGCUCAUGGACUCAAAACCGUACAGAAGGUUUUUGGAUUGGCCCAACAGUCAUUUUGCAUAAUAACAAAGAAGAUAAAGCAUUGCAUGAUGAAAUAUUUGGCCCCGUAUUGAGUAUUUAUCAAUGUUCGAGCAAGGAGGAAGCCAUCGAAAUCGAGAACAACAAUCCCUAUGGUAAUGCUGCAUGUAUAUACACCACAACUGGAGCAACAGCUGAAUGGUUUACUUCGCGAUUCAGUGCAGGAAUGUGUGGUGUAAACAUCGGUGUACCAGUGCCAAGGGAGCCGUUCUCUUUUGGAGGGAUAAAUCGCUCUAAAUUUGGCAACUUUGUUGAUAUUACUGGUGAUGGCGGGAUGGAAUUUUUCACUUGGAGGCGAAAAGUCACCACUAGAUGGGGGCAAGAAAACCUUGAUCCAAAAUUGAGAAUGUAA